UUACUUUCUUCCUUAUGGUACUAAUUUUUGUAUAAAAAUGAAUUGCUGCGCAAUAAGACAAGACAAUAGCCAAGCAGUACAUGUGAUGUGGUUAAACCCUGGUAAUGGUGUAAUUUACUAUUUUGAUCCCCAAAACCCCUUUCACGACUCUGCUCGGCGAACGGCAACUUUUUUUUUCUGAGAAGACGAACAGCAAUAUACAAAGAAGAAAAAGAAAAAAGAAAAGAAAAAAGGAAAUGGAGGAGAAACUAAAAUGGUUAGCAUUAAUAGGAGGUGGGGCUCUUUUGGGUUCUGCUUCUACACUCUUUCUCCUCAACCAUUUUCCCAGAAGAAUUUCUGGCCAAUGCAAUAAAAAGACUGUUGAACUAAAUGGUAAAGAUCUUGUAUCUGAGAUGUCUUCGGGAAGCUGCAGGGUAAUUGGAGAUAGGGAUAGUGAGAUGCAUGGUGGAGACCUUUUAACAGAUGAAAUAGUUGCUGAACAUUUGACUAGGAAUAUUCAGUUCUUCGGUCUCGAGUCUCAGCGCAAGGUCACUGCAUCAUAUGUUGUUGUCAUUGGUCUUGGAGGUGUUGGGAGUCAUGCUGCUUCUAUGCUUCUUAGAUCAGGAAUUGGGAGACUCCUCCUUGUGGACUUUGACCAGGUUUCUCUUUCAUCCUUAAAUCGUCAUGCUGUUGCAACACGAGCAGAUGUUGGUAUUCCUAAAGCUGAGUGCCUGAAGAAGCAUUUCUCAACAAUCUUCCCCGAAUGCCAUAUAGAAGCAAAAGUACUAUUAUAUGAUGCAUCAUCUGAAGAAGAAAUUCUUUCAGGCAACCCUGACUUUGUUUUGGACUGCAUUGAUAACAUUGACACAAAGGUGGCACUUCUAGCUGCAUGCGUGCGAAGAGGUUUAAAGGUUUUAUCUGCAACUGGAGCUGGUGCUAGAGCCGAUCCAACAAGAAUCCGUGUGGCUGACUUAAAAGAGUCGACAAAUGAUCCAUUAUCUCGAUCUGUAAGACACCGCCUGAGAAAAGAUUAUGGCAUUGAUGGUGGCAUCCCAGUUGUAUUCUCCCUUGAAAAACCCAAAGUUAAACUGCUUCCAUUUAAGGGACCAAGCGGAGAAGAAGAUAAUCCUUCCAAUUAUCAGAUAGUGCCAGGCUUUAGAGUUCGCAUAAUACCUGUCCUUGGUACCAUCCCUUCCAUAUUUGGACAGGUCAUGGCCUCUUAUGUAGUGACACAACUAGCUGGAUUUCAAGUUCAAACAGAACCUGUGGUAAACUUUGAUUUGGAUCAUUAUCGGGUGCUGCAUCAGCGUCUUAUUGAGCAUGAGGAAUCAUUGUAUGGAACGACCAUGGAAGUCCAGGUAGACAUUGAGGAAGUGAAGUAUGUUGCAAAGGAGCUGUGGCAUGGGCGAAGUGCUAGGGAACAGUCUGCAAAAGACGUUGGACGUGGAAUGUGGCGAUCUAUUAAUGAGCUAAUGCUUGUGAGGUGGGACAGGACAAAGCCUGCAUGUGUGUCAAACUUGGUCCUUUUAAAAUUUCAAGAGGCAGAUGAACAUGAAUCAAGGACACUAGAUGACAUCAAGGAAAAUGAGCCAGAAUUCUUUGAGAGGGUUACAUCUGUUUUGAAACGAGCUGAAUUGGACUUUUAGUUUGCAAGUACUUAUUUUAUUUGCACAUGAUGCGUUCCAAUUUUGAUGAAGGAAGAGGGGCCAGCUUCUCGGUACAGUUGAAUUCUCCAUAUUUGGAUUUCUGUUCUUCACCUACUAUGAGAAAUAUCAUAUAUCUUGCAGAGAAGGUAAUAUGUGGUAUGUAUGUACAAUAAUGCAACAUUGUUGUCUCAGGCUAUAUGAACUGAAACUUACCCUGUGUGUGUGUGUGUGAGAGAGAGAGAGAGAGAGAGAGAGAAAGAGAGAGAGGGUAUACAAUGGCAUAAAGCAGCCAUGUGGAAUAGAUUUGUUUCCUCCCAAACCAGUUUUCAUGGUGAGAGAACUAACAUGGUACAUUGUGUUAUGCUAUUUGGAAAGGCAAAGAAUUGGUUCCAUAAUUUUGUA